AUGGAUAAUAACGCCGCAAAUUCGGAGAAAUCUCAUCUGAUAGACGAGAAGAGCGCGAAGAUGUAUUCCCUAAAAUUGCAAAGCUCCUUCCCGGACUCCAAAGAGCCGUACCCGGACUUCCCCUUUAAGAACGGCGGCAUUGCGGGCGCCAUGGAGCUGAAGCGGCGCGUGGGCGCCCACUGCCACGGGCCCCGGGCCCCGCCGCGCGAGGAGGCCGGGGACAAGCAGCUGGCCAAGAGGAAGCUGUACGUGGCCUCGGCCGUCUGCCUGGUCUUCAUGGUCGGGGAGGUCAUAGGAGGCUACUUGGCCCACAGCCUGGCCAUCAUGACCGACGCCGCCCACCUCCUGACAGACUUUGGCAGCAUGAUGGUGAGCCUGUUCUCCCUGUGGAUCUCCUCCAGACCGCCAACCAAAACCAUGAACUUUGGCUGGCACAGAUCAGAAAUCCUGGGCGCGUUCAUCUCCGUCAUUUCCAUUUGGAUCGUGACGGGAGCCCUGGUGUAUUUAGCCAUCGAGAGGAUUGUCCGCAACGACUAUGAGAUCGAAGGACAUGUGAUGUUACUCACCUCUGCGUGCGCCGUCAUCGUAAAUAUCAUAAUGGCCUACAUCCUCCACCACUCCACCACCCUCCACCCCCACGGCAGCGGCUACCAGCAGAUAGACGAGGACGGCCGGAGCCCCCCCGGCCACGGCCACUCCCACGGCCUCCUGGGUGGCCAUGGCAACACCAGCGUCCGCGCCGCCUUCAUCCACGUGGUGGGAGACCUGCUGCAGAGCGUUGGCGUCACCGUGGCGGCGCUGAUCAUCUACUUCCGGCCUGAAUACAAAGUAGCAGAUCCCAUCUGUACAUUCCUGUUUUCUGUCUUUGUCCUCUGCACCACUGUCACCAUCCUCAGAGACGUCUUCAGGAUUCUCAUGGAAGGGUCGCCCAAAGGAAUCGAGUUUAACUCGGUGAAGGAGGUGCUGCUGACUGUGAAGGCCGUGAAGUCCAUGCACAGCCUGCAGCUGUGGGCUCUGACGCUGGGCCAGCCGCUGCUCUCCGUUCACCUGGCCAUAGAGGAGGGUGCCGACGCCCAGUCGGUUCUGCAAGAGGCCACGGACCUGCUCCACACCAAGUUCGGCUUCCACAGCGUCACCAUCCAGGUGGAGCUCUACUCCGAGGACAUGAGCCACUGCUCCAGCUGCCAGGACCCCAGAGACUGAUGGACCGGGCCCCACGUAGCAUGGACACAUUUCCACGACAUCAUCUCCGGACUGGGCCGGACCACCGACGACCACCGACACCACAUUCCCAAAGGAGGAGAACGGGCUUUGGGUGCGUUCACCACAAAAAGAGAAAGAAAUGAAACUGCU